GAUCAUUUUGAGAAAGAGAGAGAGAGAGAGAGCGGUGAUAAUAGUGUCGUAUUCAAAACACGAGUAUUAUUCGUUGUUGUACGUUAUAAUACACUGUGGAGUUACGAUAGUCGUGUAAGAAUGUUCCCGACAAGUGCACGAAUACCAGUGGCUCGUGUGUUGUGCAUGCACAGAGAAAUCCACAGCAACGCAGAGUUAAUCAAAAACUGCAAGGAGGUCGUGAAUCGAAACCCACGGAAUUUGGAGCGGUUGAGAAUAGCAAGAAAACCUAUCGGAUUCUCUCUCGAAAAAACGUAUUACGCGUUUUGGCACAAGCUGGUCGUAUUCAAGAAGCCUCGUCACAUUACUGCAGAAAUACAUCAUUUCGAGAAUGGACCGGUUAUUACAGUUUCUAGUGCAGAAUGGGCAUUGAAGAAGCAGUUAUAUCGAUGUACCGAUGGUGCAGCUUAUAUUAACACAGGACGUAUGUUAGCCCAACGCUGUUUGGAGUCUGGUAUUUAUGAGAUGGAAGUUGAUAAAUCGUUAAGUGGAGAAAAAUUUGACUUGCUGGUUAAGGAAAUGGAGAAUGGUGGGAUUAUUUUAAAAGAGCCACCAAGAUAUGUAUAUCCUAAGUUCUGGUGCAAUAAACGUCCAGAAAAACCUUGGGAGAUUCAUGAGUAGUUUGUAUUGCUUUUUAUAUACGAUAGUGUAAAUAAGAACAAUGGAAGGACAAAGUGUGCAUUUUAUACACAGUAUAUAUAGCAUACAACUCUGAUGGUAUGGUUUCUUGCGAGAGCCAAAUAAAAUUGAACUCGGUGAUCG